AUGUUAUGCUAUUACCAAGCUUUGCAAAAGUGCAAAAACGGCGACAGCGCAUGUCUCACUAAGAUUGGCAAUGAAAUAUUGGAAAAAUACUAUGAAGGUUUGCCAGAAUACCAUUUGGUGCCCCUCGAUCCAUUACAUAUAAAGAAAAUGAUAUUUGAAAGAGAUGUCCAUGGUCCAGUUUCAAUAGAUGUAACUUUAACCGACGUUGAUCUAAUUGGAUUUAAGAACAUGAAAUUUACAGCCAUUAAAGGUUUCCAAGCAGACUUAAGUGGACGUACUGAAUUAAUAGCUACAAUACCAGAACUGCGUCUAAAAGGUCACUACAAAAUCGAUGGUCAAAUCUUGGUGUUGCCAAUAAAGGGUGAAGGAGAUAUGGAAAUUGUGAUUUCGGGAGCUCAAAGUAAUUAUUCCUUUGAUAUGAAGCCCAAUGAAAAGAAAGGUAAAAUCCAUGCUGUGGUGGAACAUGUGAAAUUCAACAUUGAACCAGAUCAAAUCAAAUUCCGUUUGGACAACCUUUUUAAUGGUGACAAAACUCUGGGUGAUAAUAUAAAUCUAUUCCUCAAUGAAAACUGGCGUGAACUCUAUGCAGAAACAAAAACCAAUCUUCUUAAGCCCAGCAGUAUUGUAAUGAAAAAUAUCAUCAAUUCAUUCCUUGACAACCAUCCUUAUGAACAUUUUUUCGAAUAGAGUGUAGGGUUCAAAGCAAUUAGGAAAAACUAGAAUAAGAUUUAAAACAAAUCAUAAUGAAUUCGGUCAACUGCAAAAU